CCCCGAACAGCCGCCGCCGCUGUGGGGUAGGCGGGGGCAGCGCAGCAGCCCGUCCCGUCCCAGUCUCGGCCCCGGCCCUGUCCCUGUCCCUGUCCCGCCCCUCGUCGGCGGGAGGCGGAGCUGGGAGAGUCAGCGCGGCCCGGCCGCUUCCUGGUCACCUGAGGAGGUGGCAGGAGCCCACUGAGGCGGCCGUGGGGGCUCCGGCGGCUCCGGGUCUGACUGCCGCCAUGGCCUCGCUCUUCAAGAAGAAGACUGUGGAUGAUAUAAUAAAGGAGCAAAAUCGAGAAUUAAGAGGUACACAGAGGGUUAUAACCAGAGAUAGAGCAGCACUUGAAAAACAGGAAAAACAACUGGAACUGGAAAUAAAGAAAAUGGCUAAGACUGGUAACAAAGAAGCUUGUAAAGUGCUAGCAAAACAGCUUGUACAGCUACGGAAACAGAAAAAUCGAACAUACGCUGUUAGCUCUAAAGUUACUUCUAUGUCGACUCAAACAAAAGUCAUGAACUCUCAGAUGAAGAUGGCAGGAGCUAUGUCAACCACAGCAAAAACAAUGCAAGCAGUUAAUAAGAAAAUGGACCCACAAAAGACCCUACAAACUAUGCAGAAUUUCCAGAAAGAGAACAUGAAGAUGGAAAUGACUGAAGAAAUGAUUAAUGAUACUCUGGAUGAUAUUUUUGAUGCUUCUGAUGAAGAGGAGGAAAGCCAGGAUAUUGUUAACCAAGUGCUUGAUGAGAUAGGAAUUGAAAUCUCUGGAAAGAUGGCCAAAGCUCCAUCAGCUGCCAGAGGCUUACCAUCUGCAUCAACAUCAAAAGCUGCUACCAUAUCAGAUGAAGAGAUUGAACGACAGCUCAAAGCUUUGGGAGUUGAUUAGCUUGAUGGCAGUAUACAGUCUGCCUUCUAAUCAUUCACCUGCAAACAGAUGCAAAAAGUGCAAAUGUUCUUUCAAUGCAACUGAUGUCUAGGAAAACUCUGAAGCUUCAGAAAAGACAAUGUGACAUUGGUACUGGGGAAGGGGAAAAUAUGUUGAAUCAGUUUACAGGGGGAAGUACAUUUGGUAUGUCCAUUGCAUGAACUCUUUUUGGGCACUGGGCCAACCACAGAUACAGUUCUAAUGCUAAAUCCAUUUAUACAUGAUCUGAAUCUGUCCUCCGAAUGCAAAGUUUUCUUUUAUCUCAGUUCCUAAGCUAUCUUUAGAAUUGGCUAUUCUGUAGCUGAUGGUGAUUCCUCCUGGGACAGCACCUAUAUAACAUAUAUUACUUUUAUAAAACUAUUGCUAUAGAAAAGUUCUUAGCCUGUUGUAGCACAAAUGAAACUUCACCUUUGCUCUUAGUUAGAAACUAUUUUCUUUUUAUGAGAAAUAGCCUUGAAAGUCUAGCAAAUUUAUGUAGAAAGAAAAAGCAUUUUGUGUAUUUCUUUCAAGUUCCUGUAGUAACUUUGAGUUGAUUAAAUAAUAGCUGGUUAUUCUUUCUACUGAAAGGGAAAGAUGGAGUCCUCGUGCAGGUAAUUUUACUGGAAAAGGAUUUAAAUUUUCUAAGUGAACAUUGUUGCAUGAAAGGCACUGAUUGAACUCUAUUGUACUGUAACAUAGCUGGUUUCAACAGAAUUGCUGUGCCUUUAUGUAUAUAAAUCUUGUAGCUUUGUGAUUUUUUUCUGAAAGAGUCUUUAGAAGGUGAGUAAACUGUAAUUAAGAUAAGUUUCACAGAACACUAUGGCAAGACCUCUCUGUACAGUUGAUGGGACUCAGUGCUGAUGUUCAGAAAUGCAACUUGUGCGCCUGUAAAAAGGUCAUUUGCCUGAAAUAUAUGUAUAUAUUUUACAGUAUUUCUUCAUGGAAGAUAACUGUGCAUAAUUGUAUUGUUUACUAAGAUGCAAUUGAUCACAUUGAUAAGCUAAAUCUAAAUUUUAGUUUAGAGAACAAUUUUGAAUGAUACAUGGCAAUUACUUGUCUAAAUGCUAUAAUAAAAGUGUCUGGUUCUGUGAAGGUUUUUCCAUGGCCUCUGAACUUCAGCAGCAUGACUCUAGCUUUAAGUGGAAUAUGUUGGACUAACGAAAUAAGAACUGUUAUUUUACAUAGAUGAUAGAGUCUGAGAAUGCAGUUUGCAGUUAUGAAUUCCCAGGUGGUGUGAAUUUCCUCAGCCCUUGGUCUGCUGGAGAUUAUUUGCCUCUCAGUUGUGCUGGUUUAGUGGAGCCGUUCAUUGAACAGAAACAACAAAGUCAGCUUGACUCUAAAAUGAGAAAAACAAAAUACCUCCCAAGAGUGAAACCAGGAUAACCGUGGAGGAACAAACUAACUUCAUAAAGAGACUUUGCUGCUAGAGGAAGUGUAGCAGGAAAUCAUCAUCUCUGUGGAUCUACUGUUGUCACACCAUCUGCUUUUUAGGAUUGAAGUCAAAAGAGAAAGAAGAAACAUAGGUGAGCUUUCAUCUGUUUUUUUUGGCGUAGAAAUGGAGGUAUUCUUUCUCUUCGAAGGAAAUAAUGUACAAAUUAUGACUCUGUGAGGUAGUGGGUAGGAAUGUGUAAGUUUAUAUAUUGCAUAUAUCUGAUAUGAAGUGAAUAUUCUUUUUCUUUUUUUUACAGGUUUUGUAAAAAUCUAAUAAAAUGCUUUUUAAUUCGCAA